GUUCCACAAGGUGGCCGUGACAGGGAGGGGGCUAGGUCACGUGACGGUUCCAAUAUGGCGGCGCCGUGCCGCUGUCCAUCACCACCACCGCCAGCGUUACCUCUGAGGGAGCCGCGUCUCUUCCGGAUCGUGGAGCCCAGCUGCGGCCGAGCACCGUGAGCGCCGCUUCCCGCCCCGCUUGGGACAGACCGCGACGGGAGAACCUUCAAGCCUCGCGGCGGCCAUGCAGCCCCCAGCCCGCGAGGAAGACACCCGCACCAAGAGCAUGUUCGUCUCCCGGGCCCUGGAGAAGAUCCUAUCCGAGAAGGAGGCGAAACGGCCCCCUCACGGGCAGCUGCGGAGGGCCUGCCAAGUGGCGCUCGACGAAAUAAAAGCAGAAUUAGAAAAGCAAAGCCAAGGCAGUGAAACCACUCCAAAAGCAAACUUCAUUGAAGCCGAUAAAUAUUUCCUCCCAUUUGAGUUGGCCUGCCAGUCGAAGUCCCCACGGAUCGUCAGCACCUCAUUGGACUGCUUGCAGAAACUUAUUGCAUACGGACAUAUCACUGGCAAUGCUCCAGACAGUGGAGCUCCUGGAAAACGCCUGAUUGACCGCAUUGUUGAAACAAUCUGCAAUUGCUUUCAGGGUCCUCAGACUGACGAGGGAGUGCAGUUACAAAUUAUAAAGGCUCUUCUCACUGCUGUCACGUCCCCGUAUAUCGAAAUUCACGAAGGAACAAUCCUUCAGACUGUUAGAACUUGUUACAACAUUUAUCUAGCCAGUAAAAAUCUCAUUAAUCAAACAACUGCCAAGGCUACUCUCACUCAGAUGCUGAAUGUCAUUUUCACCCGGAUGGAAAACCAAGCUAUACAAGAGGGAAGAGACCUGGAAAAAUCAAAUCAACAAAAACCCCAGUCUCCCAUGAUUCAUAGUGCUUCAGGGUCUCCCAAAUUCGGCCGAUUGAAAUACAGCCAGCAUGGAAGCAGACCCUCGACUCCUGUCAAAACAGACUUGACUAAUGGCGAGCCUGAAAGAAAAGAAAAUGGAGACCAGAAACCAGAGGACAGUUUGACACCUUCUGUAUUGGAAGAAGAAACUGAUGAAGGCAAAGAAAUUGUUAAAGGAAUCUUGGAGGAUGUGGUGACAUCUGCAGUUGGAGCUUCUUUAGAAGAAGAAAUGAAAAAGCAGUCUCUUCCUGAAUCGGUUAGGAUUUUAUCUGACUUGGCAAGUGCAGUUCCUGCCUCUCCUGGUGGUAUUAAUGAAAACACACAAGCAAAUGGAAUUCCUGAUGAUAGACAGUCUGUCUCCUCCACGGAUAAUCUGGAAACUGAUGUACCUGGACCUCAGGCAGCUGCUAGAUUCUCCCAUAUCCUUCAGAAGGAUGCCUUCCUUGUGUUUCGGUCAUUGUGCAAGCUUUCGAUGAAACCGCUUGGUGAUGGGCCUCCAGAUCCCAAAUCCCAUGAACUACGCUCUAAAAUAGUGUCUCUCCAGCUGUUGCUUUCGGUUUUGCAAAAUGCUGGUCCGGUCUUCAGGACACAUGAAAUGUUUAUAAAUGCAAUCAAGCAAUACCUCUGUGUAGCAUUAUCUAAAAAUGGAGUAUCUUCCGUUCCUGACGUCUUUGAGCUCUCCCUUGCCAUCUUCCUCACCCUUCUCUCAAACUUUAAGACCCAUUUGAAAAUGCAGAUUGAGGUAUUUUUCAAAGAGAUCUUCCUGAACAUUUUAGAAACCUCUUCCAGUUCCUUUGAGCACAAAUGGAUGGUAAUUCAGACCUUGACUAGAAUUUCUGCAGAUGCUCAGUGUGUAGUGGACAUAUAUGUGAACUAUGACUGUGAUUUGAAUGCUGCUAAUAUUUUUGAACGGCUAGUAAAUGACUUAUCUAAAAUUGCCCAGGGAAGGAGUGGACAUGAGUUAGGCAUGACACCGCUGCAGGAACUAAGCCUACGGAAGAAAGGUCUUGAAUGUUUGGUCUCUAUAUUAAAGUGCAUGGUAGAAUGGAGCAAAGACCUAUAUGUGAACCCCAACCAUCAGGCCAGCGUUGGUCCAGACAAGCCUUCGGAACAUGAAAUGGGAGAAGUCAAAUGUUUAGAUAUUGGGGGACGAAGAAGUAGUGCAAGCUCCUUAGAUUCAACAGUCUCCUCUGGAGUUGGAAGUGUUGGCACCCAGACUGCUGUCCCUGAUGAUCCUGAGCAAUUUGAGGUGAUCAAGCAACAAAAAGAGAUAAUUGAGCACGGGAUUGAACUAUUUAAUAAAAAGUCCAAGAGAGGGCUGCAGUAUUUGCAGGAACAGGGAAUGCUUGGUGUAACAGCAGAAGACAUAGCACAGUUUCUGCACCAAGAAGAGCGCCUGAGUUCUAGCCAGGUGGGAGAAUUUCUGGGGGACAGUAACAAGUUUAACAAGGAGGUGAUGUACGCCUACGUAGACCUGCUUGAUUUCUGCGGAAAAGACUUUGUCUCUGCUUUACGCAUAUUUCUGGAAGGAUUUCGGUUACCUGGUGAAGCUCAGAAGAUUGACAGACUAAUGGAAAAGUUUGCUGCUAGAUAUAUUGAAUGCAACCAAGGUCAAAUUCUGUUUGCGAGUGCCGACACAGCUUACGUUCUAGCAUAUUCUAUCAUAAUGUUGACAACAGACUUGCACAGUCCCCAGGUGAAGAAUAAGAUGACGAAAGAGCAAUAUAUAAAAAUGAAUCGUGGGAUCAAUGACAGCAAAGACCUUCCAGAAGAGUAUUUAUCUACCAUCUAUGAUGAAAUAGAAGGGAAGAAAAUUGCAAUGAAGGACGCAAAAGAAUAUGCAAUCACACCAAAAUCUACUAAGCCAAAUGUAGCCAGUGAGAAGCAGCGAAGGUUGUUGUACAACCUGGAGAUGGAGCAAAUGGCAAAGACAGCUAAAGCUCUAAUGGAGGCAGUAAGCCAUGCAAAGGCACCUUUUACUAGUGCAACUCACCUGGAUCAUGUCAGGCCCAUGUUCAAACUUGUGUGGACUCCAUUACUGGCUGCUUAUAGCGUGGGUCUUCAGAACUGCGAUGACACUGAAGUUGCAUCAUUAUGCUUGGAAGGAAUACGCUGCGCCAUCCGAAUAGCCUGCAUUUUUGGCAUGCAGCUUGAACGAGAUGCUUAUGUGCAGGCACUUGCCCGCUUUUCCUUGUUGACUGCCAGCUCCAGCAUCACAGAAAUGAAACAGAAAAACAUAGAUACAAUUAAGACUCUCAUUACAGUGGCCCACACUGACGGCAACUACCUUGGAAAUUCCUGGCAUGAGAUCUUGAAAUGUAUCAGCCAGCUGGAGCUAGCACAGCUCAUAGGGACUGGAGUUAAAACACGCUACCUGUCUGGAUCUGGGCGUGAAAGAGAAGGGAGCCUCAAAGGCUUCACAUCUGGAGGAGAAGAGUUCAUGGGUCUUGGACUAGGUAACUUUGUUGGUGGAGGUGUUGAUAGAAGGCAAAUAGCCAGUAUUCAGGAAUCUGUGGGAGAAACCAGUUCGCAAAGUGUGGUAGUGGCAGUAGACAGAAUAUUUACAGGUUCAACCAGACUGGAUGGAAAUGCAAUAGUGGACUUCGUUCGGUGGUUGUGUGCUGUUUCCAUGGAUGAGUUAGCUUCCCCUCAUCAUCCACGCAUGUUCAGCUUGCAGAAGAUUGUUGAGAUCUCCUAUUACAACAUGAACAGAAUUAGGCUGCAGUGGUCCAGGAUAUGGCAUGUCAUUGGAGAUCAUUUCAAUAAGGUUGGUUGCAAUCCUAAUGAAGACGUGGCUAUCUUUGCGGUUGAUUCUUUGAGACAGCUGUCAAUGAAGUUCCUUGAGAAGGGGGAGUUAGCCAACUUCCGAUUUCAGAAAGACUUUCUGAGGCCAUUUGAGCAUAUCAUGAAGAAAAACAGGUCUCCUACAAUUCGAGAUAUGGUAAUACGCUGCAUUGCUCAGAUGGUAAAUUCUCAAGCUGCUAAUAUUCGCUCAGGGUGGAAAAAUAUCUUCGCAGUAUUUCAUCAAGCAGCAUCUGAUCAUGAUGGGAAUAUUGUGGAGCUGGCAUUCCAGUCAACGGGACAUAUAGUUACCAAUAUUUUUCAACAGCAUUUUCCUGCAGCAAUAGAUUCGUUCCAGGAUGCCGUAAAAUGUUUAUCAGAGUUUGCCUGUAAUGCUGCCUUUCCAGACACCAGUAUGGAAGCUAUUAGACUUAUUCGUUAUUGUGCAAAAUACGUUUCAGAAAGACCUCAGGUUUUGAGAGAGUACACAAGUGAUGACAUGAAUGUGGCCCCUGGUGACAGAGAGUGGGUUAGAGGCUGGUUUCCCAUUUUAUUUGAACUUUCUUGUAUCAUCAAUCGGUGCAAGCUAGACGUGCGGACGAGAGGCCUAACGGUUAUGUUUGAAAUCAUGAAGAGCUAUGGCCAUACCUUUGAACAACACUGGUGGCAAGAUCUGUUUCGAAUUGUCUUUAGGAUAUUUGAUAACAUGAAGCUUCCAGAGCAGCAGUCAGAGAAAUCUGAAUGGAUGACUACUACGUGUAAUCAUGCACUUUAUGCAAUCUGUGAUGUAUUCACUCAGUUCUAUGAAGCUUUGAAUGAGAUUCUUCUUGCUGACAUAUUUGCACAGUUACACUGGUGUGUAAAACAAGACAAUGAACAGCUGGCUCGAUCGGGUACCAACUGCCUAGAAAGCCUAGUAAUAUUAAAUGGGCAGAAAUUCAGUCAUGAAGUCUGGGACCAAACCUGCAAUUGUAUGCUAGAGAUCUUCAAAACUACAAUUCCUCAUGUCUUGCUGACAUGGAGACCAGCAGGAAUGGAAGAUGAUUCAUCUGAAAAGCACUUGGAUAUGGAUCUAGAUCGCCAGUCAUUAAGCAGCAUAGAUAAAAAUGCUUCAGAAAGGGGGCAGAGCCAGUUUUCAAAUCCAACAGAUGAAAGCUGGAAAGGUGGCCCUUAUUCAAACCAGAAACUCUUUGCCAGCCUCCUUAUUAAGUGUGUUGUGCAACUGGAAUUGAUACAGACCAUUGAUAACAUAGUAUUUUACCCAGCAACGAGCAAGAAGGAAGAUGCUGAGCAUAUGGCUGCUGCUCAGAGGGACACACUAGAAACAGACAUCCACAUUGAUACUGAAGACCAAGGAAUGUACAAAUACAUGUCUUCCCAACACCUGUUCAAGUUGCUGGACUGUUUGCAGGAGUCCCAUUCAUUUUCAAAAGCUUUUAACUCAAAUUACGAACAAAGGACUGUCCUGUGGAGAGCAGGGUUCAAGGGUAAAUCCAAGCCCAAUCUUUUAAAACAAGAAACCAGCAGUUUGGCUUGCUGUCUGAGAAUCCUCUUCCGAAUGUACAUUGAUGAAAAUCGCAGAGACUCCUGGGAAGCUAUACAAGAGAGACUCCUGAAUGUGUGCAGUGAGGCGUUGGCCUAUUUUAUCACUGUGAACUCAGAAAGCCACCGAGAGGCUUGGACCAACCUCCUGUUGUUACUUCUAACAAAAACACUAAAAGUCAGUGAUGAAAAGUUCAAAGCACAUGCUUCAACAUAUUACCCCUACUUGUGUGAGAUAAUGCAGUUUGACCUUAUCCCAGAGCUCCGAGCGGUACUGCGGAAGUUUUUCCUGCGCAUAGGUGUAGCAUUCAAAAUCUGGAUUCCUGAAGGACAGUUGCGGACGUCGGGGACCCACUCGCUUGCAUGGUAGCUCCAUUGCUGCUCUUUCCCAAAGCUUGAGUUGUGCUAAGUUCAAAGAAUGGAUGCAGAGAGAGGGAGAUUGUACUCAAAGAAGAUGAAACAACCACUGGAACAGAUCAAAAUAAUAGCAUUUCUAAAGGAAAACUCUCUCCAUUUUUUUUCUAAAUUCUGGCUUCCCUAUAAGAAUAGCUGUUGAGCAUUUUGCAAUUUAAUGCAGUAAAUGUCAAGUCAUUCUUA